UGUAUUUGUUAUCCCCAGGCCUUUUGUCCAACCCUGUCUGUGAAAACAAGUCGAAUCGCAGAAAUGGAAGGAGCUCCAAACCCCUCCAAAAAGCCCUCUGGCAAUAAGCAAAGCUUGACAUCUUGGGAUGAUAGUAAAGAAGACGGCAGCCAGGGCCGGGAACGAGGCCAACAAGGACAAGGCUGCGGAGUGCAACAAGGACAGGGGCAACAGGGCCAAGGUUGUGCAAGUCAGGGUAGUGGGCAACAAGGUAGCGGAUAUCAACAAGGACAGAAUCAGGGUAGUGGGCAACAAGGUAGCGGAUAUCAACAAGGACAGAAUCAGGGUAGUGGCCAGCAAAGCGGCUGUGGCCAACAGCAGGGACAGGAUCGCGGCAGUGGGGGUGACAACUACCAACAAGGACAGAAUCAGGGUAGUGGGCAACAAGGUAGCGGAUAUCAACAAGGACAGAAUCAGGGUAGUGGCCAGCAAAGCGGCUCUGGCCAACAGCAGGGACAGGAUGGCGGCAGUGGGGGUGACAACUACCAACAAGGACAGGAUGGCGGCAGUGGGCGUGCAGGUUUGGUGGGAGGACAAGGACAAGGUAGUGGACAGGAUGCUGGCCAGGGACGUGGCAGUGAUUCAUCUUACUACUUUAGACAAGGAAAAGACAAGUAAUGCACAUGGUGUAUAGCGUCCAUGUAUCCCUGUGUCAUGUCCCCGCUUGUGCUGUAUAACCUAACUCUAUGUAAACUUAUCCGUAACGCAU